AUGUCGGAUAAUCAGAGCUGGAAUUCCGGCUCCGAUGAAGACCUGGACACCGAGUCCGGGCCACCCGUUGAACUGUGCGGCAUCUUAAGCAAGUGGACCAACUAUAUCCAUGGCUGGCAGGACCGAUGGGUGGUUUUAAAAACCAAUACUUUGAGUUACUACAAAUCUGAAGAUGAGACAGAAUAUGGUUGCAGGGGAUCUAUCUGCCUGAGCAAGGCUGUCAUCUCGCCCCAUGAGUUUGACGAAUGCCGAUUUGACAUCAGUGUAAAUGAUAGUGUGUGGUACCUUCGUGCUCAAGAUCCUGACCACAGACAACAGUGGAUUGAUGCAAUAGAACAGCAUAAGGCAGAAUCUGGCUAUGGAUCAGAAUCCAGUUUACGACGUCACGGUUCAAUGCUGUCUCUUACAUCUGCAGCAAGUGGUUAUUCUGCCACAUCCGCCUCUUCAUUUAAGAAAGGCCACAGUUUGCGUGAAAAACUUGCUGAAAUGGAAACCUUCCGUGAUAUCCUAUGUAGACAGGUGGAUACCCUGCAGAAGUACUUUGAUGCAUGUGCUGAUGCGGUUUCUAAAGAUGAACUCCAGAGAGAUAAAGUAGUAGAAGAUGAUGAAGAUGCUUUUCCAACGACGCGAACUGAAGGAGACUUUGUACCUAGUAAUGGCAACAAAGAGAAAUUGUUUCCAUAUGCAAUACCCAAAGGAAUCAAUGGAAUAGAUUUUAAAGGUGAGGCCAUCACUUUCAAGGCUACUACAGCUGGAAUUCAGGCUACACUUUCACACUGUAUUGAGCUGAUGGUUAAACGAGAAGAUAGCUGGCAAAAAAGAAUUGAUAAGGAGAUUGAAAAGAAACGAAGGAUAGAAGAUGCAUACAAGAAUGCAAUGUCAGAACUUAAGAAAAAAUGUCACUUUGGAGGACCCGAUUAUGAGGAAGGUCCAAAUAGUUUGAUAAAUGAGGAGGAAUUCUUUGAUGCUGUUGAAGCUGCUCUUGACAGACAAGAUAAAAUUGAAGAACAGUCGCACACGGAGAAGUCCAGAAUUCAUUGGUCAGCUGCUGUACCUUUAGGCGAUUCAUUCUCUGCAGUUGGUACCCAUAGAUUUGCUCAACAGCCUUUUAGUCGCUCUUCCUCCAUGUCUUCCAUUGAUCUAGUCAGUGCCUCUGAUGAUGUUCACAGAUUCAGCGCCCAGGUUGAGGAACUUGUGCAAAACCAUAUGCAGUACUCUUUGCAGGAUGUAGGCGGCGAUGCUAACUGGCAGUUGGUGGUAGAAGAGGGAGAAAUGAAGGUGUACAGGAGAGAAGUGGAAGAGCAUGGAAUAGUCUUAGAUCCUCUCAAAGCAACACAUGCAGUUAAAGGUGUUACUGGACAUGAAGUCUGCCAUUACUUCUGGAAUGUUGAUGUGCGCAAUGAUUGGGAAACAACAAUUGAAAACUUUCAUGUGGUAGAAAUUCUGUCAGACAACGCAAUCAUCGUCUACCAGACACAUAAGAGAGUUUGGCCUGCCUCGCAGAGAGAUGUGCUCUAUUUGUCUUCAAUUCGAAAAGUUCCUGCUACAAAUGAGAAUGAUCCAGAUACAUGGCUAGUCUGCAAUUGCUCUGUGGAUCACGACAAUGCUCCUCAGAGCAACAGGUGUGUGCGUGCCAAAAUCAACAUAGGCAUGAUCUGUCAGACAUUAGUGAGCCCUCCAGAGGGAAACCAGCCCAUCAGCAGAGACAAUAUCCUGUGCAAGAUCACAUACGUAGCCAAUGUCAACCCUGGGGGCUGGGCACCAGCAUCGGUACUCCGGGCAGUUGCACGGCGUGAAUAUCCCAAGUUUCUCAAGCGUUUCACAUCAUAUGUGCAAGAGAAGACUGCAGGCAAAGACAUCCUAUUCUAGUAUCAGCAGUGUUCAGCACGAAUUUUGCUGCUGUUUCUACCAAGUUUUCUCUGGCGAUCAACAUGAAGCAAAGAUGUUAUCCUGGACUGAAGGAUUAUAAAUGGAGACUCCUUCAAGUUGGUACAUUGAAUUCCCAGCGUUUUUCCUCCCUUGCAAAGACCAGUCCCUGGCUCCAGCCUCCACCCAGCUGAUACAGGCUGUGUUUUUGUACCUGUGGCUGAACAUCCAAUGCUGUCUGUACUCUGUUUCCUUUUAGUGCGUCAGUGUGUAAUCAUCAAUACAUGCAGCUUGUUAAGCUGUAGAAAACUCGUUUUCACCCAGCACAUUUUUUUUACACAAAACAAUCACCUUUUGGAUCAAAAGGUGUGGGUUGAUGGCUUUAAUUGUUAAAAUGCAUGUUUGUUAGUACAAUAUAGGCCUGCAUAAAUCAUGGCCAAACAUUCAAAAUGUUUGCAACACGCAUCUAGAAUUUGUAACCUGUAGAAGUUGCACAAAUAUUAGCCAUCUUUGGGUCGACGAUAGAGUGUAAUUCUUUUAGAUUUUGCUGAAAUCUUUUCAAUUCUAUAGUCGCUGAACUCACCAUAUUCUUUUAUUGGUAAUUUCUAAAGCCUCGUUUCUUACACUGAUUUCUUGUUUGUAAUACGAUUUGAGGGCUGUCUGUCUUUUGAUCUCUGGCAUUUGCCUUUUCCCUUUCUUACCAUCUCCAAUGAAGACCAUGCUCUGAUGGAGAUUUUGAAAAGCUUUAUUUCCAUUUUGUUUACAAGCUCUAUAUUUCUACUGUUUUUUUUAGUUUGUAAAUUUGUUACAUAUUUUGUGUUGUAAUUGAUAAAUCUGAAAUCUUUAGGACUGUUGUGGGCUGGCAGGGGAUUACUUGAAACAUGUCAAAGAGUGAUUGUACAUGUUGAAAUAGAUUGGCAUUCAAGUCAUGACCAGUAUAGACAUCGUUGAAAGAUGAUUGUUUUAAAAUAUUGAUCGAAGGAUGUGCAUUAUAGAAUUAAGUAUAGCAUCAGAUGAAACCUAUUGUGUGUAUAUAUACAUAUAUAUAUAUAUAUGAAGUGCACUCUUCUCUGAAAGUGCACACAUUCCCAGUCAUUAAUGCAAUUGCACAAAAUUGGUUAUGAAUUGAAUUAAGUGCUGUUCCUGAUGUGAUUAGUUGUGUUUCAGGACAAGAUGAACAUGCUCUUGAAAUUUCUUGCUAUGUGGAAUAGGUGCAUCUUCAGAACCUCAGUUCCCAUUAGAUUAUGUGUAGCAAGAUGGCUUUUUUCUUCUUGUUGAUUGAAGACAUUGAUACCUAUUGCUUUGUUUGUUGUUGUGCUUGGCAGCUGAGUACAAUACUGAAGUAAGUUGUACUUGUUUCUGAGAAGUCCUAGAAACCUUCAGUCUUGGAGCUUAUACAUACAUUUCACUAAACAUCUCACCAGGGUAUAGAGGAUGGAUAGGUAGAAGGGAGUUUGUAAAACUGUAAUCCAAGCAAUUAUUGCUGCCUUUAUCUCCCUUCAGUUUUUAAAUGUCUAAAAUCUGCCUUCUCUUCCUGUAAGUUGACUUAACUAGAAUUUAAAGCUGCUCAGAUACUUAUUUUGAGUAUCAGUAAGAAAUCUGACAUAAGAUAUCAAUGAAACGAGGAGUCAUUUUAUUUUUUCAGCUAGAAACCAAGUUAUUCACUACUUUGGAUGUAUUAUACCUUUAAUGUGCACAACUUUAAAUGUAAAAGUGCCUAAAAAUGAUAGGUUGUGUAAUCAGCAGGUUUUCUUGAUUCAUUCUAGUUGAUGUCCAUACAAAUGUUGGGGUAUUGCAAGUUUAGAAUUAAUUCAGUGUUUNAAAAAAUUCUAUUGUACCUAAAUUUGUCUUAUCUGCAGCAAAGAUCUCUUAUAUCUAUAUUUAGAAGAAUUGUUACAUGAUUAAAGUUCUCAAUCGACAGGAUUAAAAAGCUGAGUGUCAUGUCACUUGACUGAAUGCAGAGGUUUUACAUUUCAAUUAAACCAAAGGACUCACUAAAAAGUUACAUUAUACUAAUACCUGCUGUAAAUCACCAAUUCUCUCAUCUAGAUUUAUAUGGUUCAUUUUGGCUUUAUUCUUUCCCCCAGGUCAAAGUUAAUGCCAGUUAAUCAGGAUAUUCUUUUUAUAAAGGACAUUUUCUCAGGCUCUAGUUCAUUCCAGUACAUUUCAAUCACUAGAAAUUUGUGUUUCAUAAAGAUGAUGUGAUUUUCAAUAAAUAUUUUCCACAAAGGAUAUCUCAAUUUACCAGGUGUUGGCAUCAGUAGGUCAGACUGCACUGAAAGGAAAUGACUGUUUCAAAAUAAUUUUUCUUUCUUCUUUACCCAUUGGUAACUUUGAUUUAAAAUCUUGUGAAUACACUUAUUUUGAAUUGUCUAACUCUUUCUCUGACUUUGGUAGUUACUAACUUAUCUUGCAAAAGUGUACUUUUCCUGUAGCUUUUAAUUUUUUCUAUAAAUUAAUUCCACAUAUUUAUAAAUGACAAACUUAUAAGCCAAAUCUUUUGAAAUGAUAACUAACAUCUGGUUUCCCAGUUGGAGCUGCAUCAGUCUUGAGGCUGGUUACUUUUGAAUGUAAUUUAGCUUUGGUUCCUUGCACUCCUUGACACUGAUUGCCGUGAAGAAUGAAUGAGAGUGCACUGGGAGCUGAAGCCGAGUGCUCCAUUUCAUGUUUCAAUGCCCAACCUCAGAGAUGGCAAUAAGGUUUGAAUCUGAGUGGCGAGCUACUCCUUUUAGUAUCUCUUUUUUCUAUAUGUGUGUUUUUUAGGUGUAGGGAUGGAUGCUUCAUGAGACUAUUGUAGGAUAUUAAGCAGUAAAUAUAAUUCAGCUCUAUUCUUUAGACUGCUGAUAUCACUGGUUUCAAUCCCAGUGUAAUCCUGUAACAGAAUGUGGGGUGUGGGUAUGAAUUGGGAAUCAGUUAUUACCUUGUGAGGGAAACAUAUUCUACCUGCCCUGUUCUACAUUAAAAUUUCUCAACUGGAAAAUACUGGUAUUUUGAAAUUAUAAAAGGAAUUUAGCUUUUGCACUUGAAGGAAGGAUGCAAGUAGCCAUGUUUCUCUGGGGGAGAUUAAUGUAAAAUGAGAUAAAAAUGAACUAUUGUAUACUGGAUUCAAACCAAACACAAGAUUUGAGUGGUUUACAGAAGCAUUAUUGUAUAUUGAUUUACUGUUGAUAAAUAUUUGUUUAGAAACCUUUGCAUUCAAUACCCAGAUGUUUUGUGCAUAGCAAUCUAAGGGAACUGGAGAAGGACAAAUCAUUUUUGAUUUAAUACCUGAAAAUCUGUGUACUUGUCUACCAUAUUAAUGGAAACAUUACGUGAAGGCCCAGGCUAGAAUCCGCUGCUGGUUUGAAUUAAGCUAAUUACUUAAUUAAAACAAAUUUUGGGACGUUUACAGUGUAUAGAAUUUGAUAUUGUCAUUCUCAAUUGCACUAAAUGUGAUGUAAUUUUGAAAUUAUUCUGGUAUGAAGCAAUUACGUGAAAGAGGCAGUUGUAAAGUAUUGAAACUUCUCUGGAAUGUAAAAACAUUGUCAUUUAGCAUCUGAUGGUUGAAAUAUAAACUUUUAUCUUAAAAUAUCCUGAGUAUGGUAAAAGAUUUGUUUUAUGAAAGCUUUAUAUCCUGGUUUAGCUUUGUGUACAGCAAAACACUGGUUAAUAUGUCUGUGAUGUUGGACUGUAAAACAGUUUUUCCAAUCAACAAUGUGUAAAGAUCAGUUUAUAAAGAGUUUGGUUCCUCCAUGUUAUCACAAAGUAAAAUCCAGUAUUUAAACAGUGAAAAGUAUUAAAACAUUAUAGAAGA